AAGAACUUAAACAGGUGCGGUCAUCAGGAUUACAGACAGGGAUUUCCGUGCGAAGAUUCUCUAAGAGACUCCAGCAAUCCAGCACUGAGACACAUACGUUACACUGACCAUUCAAAAAUUUCGGAAAAGAGGAAUAGGCAUUACAAACUUACAGCAGAGAAGAUGUCGAAAGGAAACACCAAAUGUGAUGCAGGACAGACUGAGGCCGGGGUCCAGACGGAGUCAAAGACAUGGACUUUGGCCACAACAGUGGUAGCUAUAGGGUUACUGAUGAUACCUGUAUGGGAAGGGGCGGAUGUGGAAGCUGGGGCAGUGGUGGUAUCAGGGCUGGUGUCGGGGUUGGUGUCAGGAGUAGCUUCAGUGUUCUUUUUAUGGCUAGCGCCAAUGGUAGUGUCGUGGUUACGCUCCAUGGAAGUUUCAAGGAGGGUGUCAACGGCUAUUUUAUGGUUUGGCCAAGCAGUGAAACAGGCAGUUUAUUUUUUUCUAAAGUGGGUUUGGCAGGGAUUUGAGUCAGUGUCAGACAAAGUGUCCGAAUUUGGGCUUGCGCCUGGAUUAGUGUCUGGUUUGGUGUCAUGGGUAAUCUCAUGGUUAGGGCUAGUUCCAGGGGUUGAGGUCGUGUCAGGGGUCGUGUCAAGGGUUUUGCCAGGGGUUGUAUUCUUGUUAGGACUCCUGCCAGAUGUAUCAAAUCUACUGCCAGGUUUUGUGUCAGGAUUAGUGACAGGUUUAGUGUCAGGGUUAAUGCCAGGGGGAGUGUCAGGGGGAGUGUCAGUGUUAAUGUUAGGGGCUUAUGCAGGGGGAGUGUCGGGUUUAGUGUCAGGGGGAAUGUCUGGCUUAUUGUCAGGACUGAAGUCAGGGUUAGGGGCUCUUGCAGGAGGAAUGUCAGGUUUAUUGUCAGGGUUAAUGUCAGGGUUAGGGGCUCUUGCAGGGGGAGUGACAGGUUCAGUUACAGGGUUAAUGUCAGGGUUAAUGUCAGUGGUGUGGGCAGGGUUAAAUGCAGUGACAGUUGGCGUGUCACUGAUGAUGUUAUGGCUGAUGAUGAUUUUAUGGUGUGUAUCAUUACUGUCUGGGCUGCUGUUAGUAAUAUUGCUGGGUGCAGCAAUGACAGUGGCAGUGAAAAUGGGAAUACUCAUUCCACCCCAUACUACGGAUAACGUUGCCUUAAAAAUAACAGGUCUAAUGACACACUUUGAGGGAAUGAAUGUGUCAGGAAGAGUGUUGUUUUUGGUCCUGUGCAUGUGUAUGGUAUUGUUAGGGGUAGCAGCUUUGAGAGCCUCAGGAAUUUGGGGCGUGGCCUUGAUAUUAGGAGGGAUGGUAGUGGGCUUAUGGGUACACUAGAUAAAGGGCUACAGAUAUACAUUUUCUGGAAGGGCACUAAGAACGGUGAAAUUAAGGAACACUUCAGUCUCCUCUGGGCUCAUUUGUUUAUUGUGAGUGGAAAGCAGAAACACAUAAUCAGUUCUCCUUUCCCACAAAGUUCUCCU